GCUGCCGGCCGCGGGUUGGGCAGAGCCGGGUGGCUGUGGAGGAGGAGAGAUGGCGGCGGCGGGCCCUGGGAAAGAGGAGCAGCAGCCGCCGGAGCCCCCACCGCGGAAAGGGGGUGAACCUGCCCGAGGUAUGGGGAGGAGGGUGUUAUGGGGAGAGGCAAAGCACUGCAAAUUGGGGGCGGGGGCGGGAAGCCUCCUCUUUAGUGGGAGAGCAUGAGAAUCUGGGUGGAUCAGAGAGAGAGAGAGAACCCACCCAGCGCCCAUCCCUCUGUAUGUCUGCUCAGACUUAAACCCCCACGGAGUUAAAUGAGGGUUUUGCUCAUUUAUGCACUGACCAUGGGGCAUGCGGGUCCGGGGUGUGUGUGUGUGUGUUAUAGUAUCCCGCUUCCGGUAGUGGUCCACCCAUUGAGUGAAGUCCGUGGGCAUGCCAGGGCAUGCAGCUGUACUCCAUUUAUUUAUAUAAUUAUUUGGGGGGGCGAUUUUAUUUCAGAUUUGUUUUUGUUUUUUAAAUCUGCCCUUUCGCCAAGAAGCACGUGGCGGAGGCUUACCUGUUUCUCUUCCUACCCCCACCCCGCGCUCCAGCCUAACGGUGGGCAAACUGGUUGUUACUGGGAAGCCCAAAAGUUAGGGUCUGAAGACAAGGGGAUCUGAUCUUCUGUAUUGUCUCCCACCCACCCCCCGCCCCUGCGGCUGGUAUUUCACCUAGCUAUCGCAGUUGUAGGCAGAUCUGUCCUCUGUGAGAGUUUAUCUAACUCCUUGUGUUAUCCCUGAUAAAUGAGUCAUUCAUGUCAACAGUGGCGUAGCGUGGGGGGUGCAGGGGGGGCCGGGCGCAACAUCUGGGGGUUAGGGUUAGGGGGCGCAAAUCCACGGGUUAGGGGGCGCAAAUUACUUGCCUUGCCCCGGGUGCUGACAACCCACGCUACGCCCCUGCAUGUCAAGUUGGUGGUCCUUGUCACCAGCCAGUGCCCCUGGUCAAACAAAGUGCGGCAUUUGCCACCAUCUUUUUUGCCUUUCACCUAGGCCUUUCAAACAGCUAGUGUCUGGUCCUCUUGAUUUUAAAACCUAUGUUCUUAUUGUUUUGUGUUGCCUUUUAAUCGUUUUGUUUGUUUUCUGGGGUGCCUGGACAACUUAGCAUUAUGGGGCUUCUGUGUAAAUUUAUAUAAUGAAAGGCAAGUAGAUGCCUCCUUGAACUUUACCGCCUAAAUUUAGGUCCAUGUGGGGGUGGCUGAGGCAAGCAGUGAAUGUGAGCAAAAUGCUCUCGCAUAUAACAGGCUUUGUUUUGUUCAGGGAUGCACAUUGAACAAUGUGUCAGACUUAACCGUUAUGGAGGAGUAGCGGAAUUGUUCAGUGUAGCAAAGGAGGUUUCUUAUAUUUUAGUCAAACAACUCUUUGCUCUGUGUGAGCUCGGUUAGUUAGAGCGUGGUGCUGAUAAUGUCAAGGUUGCCAGUUCAAUCCCCUUAUGGGACAGCUGCAAAUUCCUGCAUUGCAGGGGGUUGGACUAGAUGAUCCUUGGGGUCCCUUCCAACUCUACAAUUCUAUGAUUCUCUGCAGGCAGAUGAGUGGAUAAAUUGUCUGGUUUCAGCCCAGGGAGUUUGCCUAGGCUGCCUUAUGGGGAGCUGUGGUGGGAUAGCGAAGGAAGCGUGGAAUGAUUAUCUGUGUAAAUGUGCUGUAGAAUACAAACAACGCAUUUAGGAAAGGGACUGAGAAGCUCAGAUUUCCGCAUCCUAAUCUUGUACAUAAAGUGGUGGCUCAAGAGGUGGCUUCAAAUCCUAUUUCAGCUAAUGACUACAGGCCAGUCUAUACAAUAUACUUGCCAUGUGGACCCAGAUUUUAAAAAUCAGCCUGUAGUUGCUCUGUGCUUUUUCCAAAUCACUCUGGAAGGUUGCUGCAAGCCAGCUUCUUGUGAUGGGUGUAACAUGUAGACCUCUUCUCAGUCUUGGGCCCAACGCUUUUGUCUCAAGCUUUAAAUGAGAAACAAAAACUGUCACCUGAGUCAGCGACUGUAAAGAUGAAUGACAGAUCAGUAAAAAACAAGAAGUGUCACGCAAAUGAUUAGUCAUAACGAUAAAAAAACACAUUUAUGAGAAACGGGAGUCUGCUCAGGGAAACGAAAGGCAAAUGGGUUUGUUUACCUGGGGCAGUAGAGGAAAGUCUUGUGAGCUUCUCCUGAGCUUCACUGAGUCUCCUGCUGCCAUCUCCAGGAGAAGUGGGGAGUGGUCCCAGUGUGUGAGAACAGGUGGGAUCUGGGGCUCUUGUUUUCUCUAGUAGGGGGCCAGGGAGUUGUCCCGUUAAACUGAAAAGUAAAAAAUGCUUUGGAAAAAAGAACAUUCAGACAAAAAGUACAGCUUCACACAGUGCAUGAUUAACUUAUACCUUUCACUGCCGUAAGAUGUGAUGAUGUCUGCUGUGGCUUUAAAGCGCAAGAAAGCAAAUACAUGGAGGAUACAUAGCUUUUCAUUAUGAUGGAACCUAUGUGCCCAGAGGCAGUAUGUUGCUGAGUACUAGUUGCUGGGACGUUACACUCAAGGAAUAAACCCAUCCAGCGGACCAUGUGAUAAUCUUCUGAGGCCCUUCUUCAUGUGAUUCCUGAGAGGUCCAGAGGUAGCCUUUUCUGUGGUGGCUCCCCAUUGGUGGAAUGCUCUCCCCAGGGAGGCUUGCCUGGCACCUCUAUUACACAUCUUUAGAUAGCGGGCAAAAAUGUUACUUUUCAACCAGGAGUUUGACUGAUUAACAUUCUAUGGCUUUUAAAAUGUGUUUGUGGGAGGGGGUGUUACUGUUCUGUCUUUGUUUCUGUUUUGUUAUGUAUUUUGUACUUUGCUGUUGCGAACUGCCCUGGGAAAUUGAGAUGUAGGGUGGUGUACAGAUUUAAUAAAGAAGGAUAAUAAAGGAAGGCUCUUGCUCCUGUGCCCUGUUUGUGGGCUUUGAGGGAGCAUCUGAUUGGUUGCUGUGGGAAGCGGAAAUGUGGUUCAGAUUGGUGUUGUUCAAGGGUGCUGCCCUUCUAUACCUAGGGACCAUCUCUCCGCUGUCUUGCUUAUUUUCACAUCAUGCUUCUAUUCCUUCCAGGCUCCAGAUCAGAUCAGAUUCUUCAGACGGGAACUGUUCUUCUCAAGGGGUGAGUGCUCAGAACGGAAACAUAUCUGCAGGAAAUGUCUGGAAGCUCACAUGUACUGCAGUGGUGGGGGACCAGUGCCCCACCCCGGUGUUCUCACACUGCCAGCAUUUAUCAGCCCAGUAGCACGUUUGGGGAUUGUGGAAGUUAUAAUCUCAACAACAUCUGAAGAGGCGCAGGUUCCCUUACUAUAGCAGAGCUUUCUAGGGAAGGAGGACAUAAAGCCUUGACUUUUGUGCUUGGGGCUUCCUCUGGUGAGCAGUGGGAUUGGGGUUAGCUCUCUCUGGCUGAAGACUUCCCUAUGAUCUCUCUCUUGCGUCCUGUGGCAGCUUUAUCAGGGACCGAGUGCAGUGCUGUGGAGACUCGGGACGUAUUGAUGCGACAAUGGCAGAGCUCGGGGUCUCCGAGUCUGAGGCUUGUGACCCGAAAACCAAGCAGCUGAGCGAUUGCCUGCGCCGAAUUGGAGACGAGCUGGACGGGAACAUGGAGCUGCAGAGGUGCGUUUUACUAUCACGUGGGGGCGAGAAACCAGGGUAAUAGGCCCUUCUUCCUGGUAUUGUUUAUUGGCAAAUGGGAGUAGAACCAGCGGAAGCACAAUUGCCUUUCUGUCCUCUACCAAUUCUGUGCCUCUUUAUUGAUAGCAAGGGGAAAUGCCCGUCCCUGUGCUGUGUAUGCGGAAGAGGAACUUGCUUUUUCUUAGUUUAACUUGUUAACUAUCCUUCACCAUAAGCUCCUGGAAAGAUGCAGGAUUAAAACAGCGCAGGUAGGAUUAAAAAAACAACACAAAGCAACAAGAGCACUAAAACAACAUCAUCUGUAAAAAGUUACUUGAAUCACAAAAAAUAAACAUUUGCCUGGGACAGCAAAGAGAUUAAAGCAUGCACUCAGUGAGCAUCUCUGGAGAGGACAUACCUCAUACAAGGUGUCGUGACGACAAAAAAAAAAGCUACCUGCUGCAGCCACCUUGUCCACUUCUGCAGUGUACAGUUAUUAUUAUACCACUUUAACCAAGCAUGGCUUCCCCCAAAGGGCCCUAGGAAGUAUAGUUUGUUAAGGGAGCUGAGAGUUAUUAGGAGACCUCGUUCCCCUGAAAGACCUAAAAUCCCCAUACAGUGGUACCUCUGGUUAUGAACUAAAUUCAUUCAGGAGGUCCGUUCUUAACCUGAAAUCAUUCUUAACCACUUUAGCUAAUGGGGCCUCCCACUGCUGCCGUGAUGCCAGCGCACAAUUUCUGUUCUCAUCCUGGGGCAAAGUUCUUAACCCGAGGUACUACUUCCGGGUUAGCGGAAUCUGUAACCUGAAGUGUUUGUAACCCGAGAUGUUUGUAACCCGAGGUAUCACUGUAUUUCUCUGGUAAGAGGGAUUGAUUGCUAAACCUUCGGGAAGUUGUAGCUCUCUGUGGGGAUGCUGUUUAGGUUUUGCACCCAAUGCAAACCUCGCCACCGGGGUUUGGUUCACUCUGGGGAUUCUAAAUGAAUUUGGACAUCUGCCCAAAAUACCACUCCUUUUUAUUCAGCGAAGGUUCCCCAUUUCCUCUUCCAGCACGACUUGUACUUGGCCGCGUUUAAAUCUGAUGCUGAGUGCAAGCUGUGCUGCUUCAGCCAAGAGUCAAAGCCACCUAAUGUUAUAUGAGAUCUGGUGCUAGACAGGUUAGAUGGCCCCACCCACCUGUCCAAUGUAACCCACAGAGGCCACAAGGACUCUGGCUUGCCAGCUGGAAGUGAUUCCCCUGCUCAAUACGCAUAGAUGAAAUGCGGUUCUAUUCCAAGAACCUCUUGCUGUGUAUGUUCGCAUGCUUUGAGCACAGAGAGAGAGCACACCUGCAAGAUCCUCUCCAGGUGACGCAGUGUCAAAAGUGGGGUAGAAGGCAGGUUUUGCUGUGAUUCCAGCUAGGCUAGGCUAAUUCUCCUCCUCACCAAGUGGUUAUUGAGACACUAGCUUGUUUUUCAUCUUUGACACCUCCUCCCUCUUCCCCUGUCCUUCUGCAUCACCCAUUCCUGGCUUCUGCUUCUCUGUGGCCCUAGUGUGUGAUGAAAUGUUUGAGGCUGGCCUAGAGAGAGAACUUACUGCAUCACUGCAUGGGGCUUCCGAGGACAGACAAGACCAAGUAAAAUAGAAGUGUUUCCACUCCUUUUUCAUGGACAUCAAACACUCAGACAGGAUGCUGAUUAGAAUGUGCUUCUGCCCCUUUGGGGAACUUUGUGGGUGGCUUUUGUUUCAUAUUCCACCUGUAAAUAAAUGUGUUGGGGUUUUGUUUUUGUUUUUUUGCUCCCUUGCUUCCCAUAACAUAGGCUAGGCAUCUGGGUAUGGUUGCAUUUCUUUUCUGGCAUCCUCAAAUUUUGCCGGUGCCCUUUUCGGAGUGCACAUUUACACCCGGGUUCUAAGAUGCUCUCAUUGGGAUUUCAUGCAAAGGAAGCCUGGUGCCCACUGUGGGCCAUCUUGCUUUGGAGUAGGGAUGGGGAAACUGGUUGUCUUUCUGAUGUCGCUGAACUUACAACUCCUCGACUGCUGCUGAUCCGGAUGGGGUUGGAGUCUAGAGGGCAAAAUUUGGCUGGGCGACUUUCUGAUCUCUUCUCUGUGGUUGACUCUCUGCCUUGUCAGAUGCAUGUGUGCCGAACUUAUUAAAUGGCAUUAGCUUUUUACAGAAACCUCAGCUCAGUGCUAGAUGUCUCUUUUUCCGAGUCUGCACUGAGCCCAAGCUCUUUGUGGUUUGUGUGGGAGGAAACCUCAGUGUUGCCAGCAUCUUCUCUGCAGCUGGAAGCAUGCCUAACCUGAGCUACUCCUUUUCCUGUGUCCCCUGCAGAAUGAUAGAGCAAGUUCAGAUGUAUCCUCCCAAGGAAGUUUUUUUCCGAGUGGCUGCAGAGAUGUUCUCGGACGGAACCUUCAACUGGGGCCGUGUGGUGGCUCUUUUUUACUUCGCUUGCAAGCUGGUCCUCAAGGUGGGUGUGUCAUGUUCCCAGCCCCACCCUGGCUGGUCUGGCCACUCCUUCACUGCAUCUAAUAACAGGCUGCUCUUCCCUCUUUUCCCCUUUCCUCACCCUUGGGCAGGCAAUUUGCACUAAAUUACCAGAGCUCAUAAGGACGAUCAUCAGCUGGACCAUGGAAUAUAUCCAGAAUCAUGUCCUGUCCUGGAUUCAAGCCCAGGGAGGAUGGGUGAGUAUACAGUGAUGCUUUUGGGCAUAGAAAGUCUUAGGCUAGGAGUGGGCAGACUUCAGGCUGAUAGAAUCUGCUUGGGUUUUGGUGUUUUUUUUCCACGAGAACCAUACCAGUCAGGUGGAAAACACUUGGAAUGAAGGAACAGUGUGUCUCUGUGUACAUGAAGCUCAGCACAGGAAUUGUGUUUUCAGUACCAAAAGUGAACACACAGAUCCUUUAACAAGUAAAUCCACUCCUGGUUUUCCACAGUGCUUCCUCAUUUACAGCAGCCUAAUUUUGUAGGGUGCUGCUGCUGCUGCUGCUGCUGUUUCUUAUUAUUAUUAUUACAUCUUAAAAGUGAACAGUGAGGGAAGCCUUGCAAGGCUGUUGGGUAGUCAGCAUGAUUUGAGUAGCCCGUUUAGUGAGUAUGGGUAUCAAGUAACAACUUCAGCUGCCUUUCUCGCUGAUUAGUUUAUCAUACCUUAAAAAGCUUACAUAUUAUGGAAAUCUGAAUAUAUGUUGUCUUUUGUUGAUGUCUUUUUAGUGAUAGGAACCAAGCAAUUCUUGCUCCUAGAUUUUACCUUCUGCAGCCCUUCCCCCCACCCCAGUCAAUACUUUUUUCCCCUUUUGACUGAUCUCUGUUCCUCCAGGUUAGCUGGAGAGAAGAGUACCUGGUUGGGCCAGUGGGGGUGGUGUUGAAGGAGCAGAGGCUGCAGGGCAGUAACUUGUGAGUGGAGAGAAGGUUUAACACAGUCUGCUGGCACCCCCCCCCCUUUGCUGUUUAAAACUGUACCCCUCUUCUGCCCCUUUCUGCAUGUGAUUGGAGCAGAUCCAAAUACCAACACAGGGCUUUUCUCCCAACACAGAGCAUUACAGUUUAAGAACUUGUUAAGAGUGUCCUGCUGGACCAGUCAGUGGUGCAGUUGCCAUUAGUGGGACUUUACUGCCUCUGACUGUGCCAUGUCUCUGCAUGUGUUUUCUCACUACUGCCAUCCUUUUUUCUUUCCCUUCUAGGAAGGCCUCCUGUCCUACUUUGGCACCCCCACUUGGCAGACCAUCGCUGUAUUUGCCGCAGGUGUCUUGACUGCCUCGCUGACCUUCUGGAAAAUGUCUUAAUCCUCAGCCCCCCCACCAAAGGGGGGCCUUUUCAUUGUGAUGACAAAGCAGGGGAGUCACUUUCCCCUCUUUUUUUCUAAUCAAAGAAUGAAAAUUGGCUAGGAUUUUCCCCCUCCUGUUAUGGGCAGGGGAGCUUUUAAAACAAAUGCUGUCAUUAUCUUGGUGCCUUUUUUUCUUUUUUUAAGUGCACACCCUUUUUUCACCCAAGGAAUGUGUACUAUUUGGCUUUGCUUCUUGCCUAUCUGUGCCUCUUAGGGUCAGAGGACAUGGAGUGUGUCUGGACUAUGAAAUGAAGGAUUUGAGUGGCUAUUCUUGUUUGCUGGAGGGUCUGUCGACGCUGCUGAAUUCCUGUUCAGUUUUCGAAGAAGAGGAUGACUCUCUCAGGUGGCAUCUCUCAAACUGAAGUGAGACCACUCUCUAGAAAUGCAGAUUGAGAAAUCCUCAAGAGGAGAGAAGUGAAUUCUUUCCCUACAGAACUUGAGAAAUUGUCUGAGCAGAUGAUAGUGGUUUGGAUUUCAGGAUUUCAAGGCAACUUCCUGACCCGGCUAAGAAUCAGCACUGCCGAGGAAGUGAAUUUAGGCAGAGACUCUGCAGCAACCGAUUUGUGUGUUGGGUCUUCGUUUUUCUGUUUGCCUGUCCUUGUUUUGAGGAAACUUCCAUACCUGUUAAAACAGUAGGAAUUCCAGAGCCUUGUUUCUUUCUACCAGAUCAUCUGUUUUUCUAGAGAAAAACUCUAGGUGGUGCUAAAGAGAGGCACUCAUGCAUAAUAUGCCCCAAGUCAAGAAAGCAAGAGAAGUGCUUUUAGAAAGCAAUUGCUCUCCAAGUGGAACAGAAGACAUUGCAAGAAGGAAAUUCACCUGCUUUGUUCUGUCCCACGGAAAAAGCUUUCAGAGGCUGGCGAGAGCCUUGGUGGCUUAGAAAGCAGAAGAAGUGAGGAGGGUUUGCAGGUUGGGUUUCUGUCUAUCUCACAGAGUUUUCUCAUCUCGCUGCUCAUCUCUUCUCCGUUCUGUAUUUUAAUGGAUUAAUUGUCCUCCAGGGGUUUAUUAGGCAAAAAGAAAAGAAAAAGAAAAGCACCAAACUGUUCUGGCAAAUCUUCCUACUCCAUGUGCCAGUGUGGAAUAUCUUAAUCCUACCUGUGAUGGGGGCAUUUGGCUCAGUGUGGCUUCUCUUCCUUCUCUCCUUUCCCCCACAUGCACAAUGAUAAGGUAUUGUGACUGCAUAUCAACAGAUGAGCACAUAACACCCCGAAACUUGUGCUACCGUUCUUGCAGCGCACCUUGAAACACGUGGCGUUUACUUUCUUGCCAACAGGUGCUUGGAAACUUAACUACUUACUGUAAGGGGGCAGAGCUUUUGUCUUUGCCUAGCAGUCUUGGGUGCUGUCUGCCUCUUUGUUCCCCUUUCCUCCAGUUCAUCAGUUGCUCAUUGUAAUGGGUUCUCAAAAAUACUUAUUACCAGUCAGCAUCUUCCCUGAUGUUUCGGAGAAAGUUGUUCAUGGCAGAUGGAGACAGGUGCAGGGCUGUCUGGCACAAGGGGGUGAAGGGUGGCAGAGAGCUGUGCUGCUGGAACUGUUGAGGUAUAUAUUGGGUGGUUUGGGGGCCUGCUUUGCUCCGUAACCGGCAAAAUCCACUUCCUGUAGUCCUCUUCUGAGUUAGGCAACCUUUCAGUCACCAAGCCAUCUCUCCUGCUGCGUGGAUGCCAGGAGAGAGCUGGGUGCAUGUGCCCGCUUCAAGGAAGCACAGGGGCUCAAAUUAAAGCACAAGUAAGUGGCUGGAGCAGUUUGGCCUUCUCAACUGUUAAACUUUGCUGAGGGACUGGAUAAUACCGCUUGAGACUGUCAAAUCUGGCAAAGAAGCUUCUGUCCCCGAUUCCAGCAGCAGAUGCUUCUCAGAGGCCAUCUUGGGAAGAGGAGGGUGAUGGCAUACAGCAAAGAAGGGUCCAACAGAGAACGGCAUUUGGGUAUCUGAAUUGCUGCCUUCCAGAUGUUCUGAGCUACCGCUCCCAUCCCGCUCAGCCAACAGGGUGUGCUGGUGAGGCACAAGGGAAGGCUGGGUGAUUCCAUAAGCAGAGGCAAAAGGCUCAUGUGGUUGCCAAGGCCUGUGCCGUGUCGGUGGCAAGCCUGUAACCCUCCAGGUGUUGUUGGCUGCAGUUCCCAUCAUCGUCCGCCAUUGGCCAAGACUGGCUGGGGCUGAUGACAGGAAGGCAACAACAUCUGCAAGGUCACUCGUUCCCCGCAACUCGCGCAGUGCCUCCUGCAGAAAGUGAUGGUGCAGCCAAUACACCCCUUCCCCCACCCCCAGCUGUACACAUAUCUGACAGCACAUACAAUCGGGGCAGGAUAUGACACCUAGAAGCCCCCAAUAAUCUUCCUUUACAGCCGUUGGGCAAAUCGGUUCAGCCCUAUGUUGCAUCGUGAAGCUGGUGGGGAAACGAGGAGGGGGAAGUUUAAGAUUUGGAGCAUGAAAUAUCCCAUAGUGGUGUGGGAGAGGUGGGUCAGGGAGAACCAAAUGUACUUGAAUAAUUAUAUUGGGAGGGGGGAUUUUGUUACCUCAGGGGUUGGGUUUGCGGGAGUGUAACGUCAUUAAGGGAGGGGCUUGAGUUUUUCCCCAUUGGGGUGGGGUGGGGGGACAAAUAGGAAAAUGCAUAUUGCUGUUGGGAUUGGGAUGAUGGGCAUCUGAAGUCUUAUAUUUGGAGUCUUUGAUGUCAUGACUUUGAUGGGGGUUGUAGAGUCUGGAAGUGGAAAUGAAUUGAACUGGGAGGUUGGGGAGGGGAGGAUUCUGAAAUAAUGGGUUUUCAGUGCUUUGAUAAUCUCAAUAUGUGGGGUGUGUUUUUUCUCUGUUUCUCUUCUAAGGGCUUCUGGGGUAUUAAGGAAGCGUGGUUAGUGGUGCAAGAAAACGUUGGAGGGUUUAACUCCUGGGUUUAAACAUCACCACCUGAGGGGCAGUUCAUGUCUGGAUGGGUUUUGUGUCAGCUACUCUGCAGCCUUGAUUGUUAAUUGUGGGUUGCAUUACAAAUAUGCCAAGACCUGUAUAUGUGUGUGACCCUGGGUUUGCCCCCUUCUUGGGUAUGUGUCUUGCCCUGUAUUUCUGUUCCCGAAGCCCCACCCAGCAUCAUUCUUUAUUUUCUUCUUCUUUUUGUGACUAAUCUCUUUUUCUACCAGCAUCUUCAGCUGUUCUCUUGAUGCCCAGUGGACUUGCUGCUCAUCUGUUUGGGCAAGUGCCAAAGGGGCUGUGGCAAACAACUGCUGAGAGGUGCUCUGGGUGUCCACAUUUGCCAGCUAAUCUCAUGGUGGUGGUGGAGCUGAACACACAAAUGGUCCUGCUGGACUGGCUGUCUCCAAUAUGGAGGCAUGCACUCGCGCCAAGGGACCAGGCCCACACUAUGCAUUUCAAGCUCUCUUAAAUCAUGUUAGAACAGCCAUGGCUUCCUCCAGAGAAUCCUGGGAGCUGUAGUUUGUUAAGAGUGCUGAGAGUUAAAGAGUUGCUAGGAAACCUAUUCCCCUCUCAGAGUGGUUUAACAAUCUAUCCCAGGGAACUCUGGGAAUUGCAGCUCUGUGGGGGGGAAAACACAUCUCCAAACAUCUCUCGGUGCUUUUAACUACCUACAGUUCCUAGGAUUCUUUAGGGAAAGCCAUGUGUGUUAAAAGUGGCAUAGCUUUGCUUUAAAUGUAUGUUGCAAAUGUGGCAUAAAUCAAUCUCUCCUGCUGAGCAUCCUCCUUAAAGCAUCAAAGCCAGCAAGCAGCAGUGGGUCAGCCUUCUCCUACUCUCACAAAAUCUGCUUCAGGCUGACCUGAGGCCUUCAGCAAUGGCUGCUUUUGUUUCAGGAGGGAGUGAGGGGGGUGAAGUGAUAAUGUCGUUGAGACAGGGGAGACACAAGUCCCUUAGCGAGGCCUCAGAAUUUGUCAGCAGGUUUGCCCCCUCUGUGUCUCUGCAGAGUGCCGUGUUAUUUCAUUGGGAAAUAAACAUUUAACAGUGCGUAUUUCUGUGUUUUGGCAUACACUGCAAGAGAUCCACAGCCCUGGAGCAUAGCAGAGGGUAAUAGGCCCCAAUGGAGGGUACAGCCAACAGCAAUCUCAUCUGGCUGCCAUGAAGCCAGCCUUGUACUGUAACUUGAAGGGUGGCGGCAGCUGUCUUAACAGUUGAAGUUGAUUCACAUGUCUCUUUCUAUGCAAUUGACCCCUUACCGAACGCAAUAGUUUCUGUACUUUUUUAAAAUAAAUCAAAUUACCCAUUUUAUAUUUUUUUUAAAGGAAAAAAAGUUUGAUACAUCUUUUCUGAUCUGUUAACUGUGAAGUUACAGUUUUUUGUUGGUGUGUGGCAAUGAAUUAAAAGAUUUUUUAAAAU